AUGUCAGGAGUUUCGGAGGAGGAUCCCGAGGGUCUGGGCCCUCUGGGUCUGCCAGCGUUGAGCAGAGCUUGCUUAACCACCGUGGACAAAAAACUUAACGCGCUGAGUGAGAAGGUUGACAGACUCUUGCAUUUCCAAGAAGAUGUUACAGAGAAGCUUCAGUGUGUGUGCCGAGGCAUGGACCACCUGGAACAAGGUCUUCAUCGGCUGGAGGCCUCCCGGGAGUUUGGUCUGGCAGGGCCUGACAUUUCUCCUCCGGCCACUGCUCAGGCUGCAUGGCCUGAAGUCCUGGAACUGGUGAGGGCUGUGCGGCAGGAGGGUGCUCAGCAUGGUGCCAGGCUCGAAGCCCUCUUCAAGAUGGUGGUGGCUGUGGAUAGGGCUAUUGCUUUGGUAGGGACCACUUUCCAGCACUCAAAGGUGGGUGAUGUCGUCACCCAAGGGAACGUGCCCUGGAGAAAAGGCAGCCUAGCUGACCGCCCUGAGGAGAACAAGGAACAAGCAGAAAUUACGGGAGUAAAGUCGAAGCAUGUGCUGAGCCCCCGAGGUGAGCAAGCUGAUCUCCCCAGGAGGCUGUGGGAAGAGAGCCAGAAGGAGGACGGACCAGUGGGGAGAGUGGAGAGGCUGCCUCUCAUCAUCAAUACUUCACUGAAGGGAGCUGACUGCACCCAGGCAGGAGCCUCACCGAGGCAGGGAGUUGAAGUUCUUGGGCCAGGCCAAGUAGCCCCACCCACAGAAGCAGAAUCCAGGCUUCCCGAAACAUCCAUUGAGAAUACUGGGACGACCCUGGAAUUGUCUGUAGCACUGGACAGAAUCAGCGAGGUCCUCACCAGCCUCAAGAUGUCACAAAGUGCGGGACAAGGAAACUCAUCCAGCAAGUCCGACUGUUGGCUCUCAGAAGAGGGCAUGAGACUGAGUUCAGGGCCUAGCUCUCAGCCCUUAGGGCCACUGACUCCAGCCAGUGAAGUUCACAGUGGUGAAGCACUCCCCAGGAUCUCUAGCCAUGUGCAAGAGAUGGAUACUGCUGGGGAGCUGCUUGAGACACAAAGGGGCAUUCCCAUGGCCUCUGCAGAAGCACCAGCAGUUACCCAGCCUGAUGAGCAGGACCCACAUCCCAAAGGCCCUGGAACUGAGCUGGAAGAGCAGAUCCCUAAGGGAGCCAGACCAUCUCUACCCCUGCCAAAGAGGGGUAGCGACAAUGGAGGAGUGAGCACAGAGGAGGAGGAGGGGCCUGGGGCUGAGCCUCUCACAGGACCAAGCUUGGCCACAAGGGACUGUGGAAAUGAGGCUGUUGGGACCACAGGCCUGCAGCAAGACACAGGCCCAGGAGCAGGGAAGCCUGAGCCUGGGAAGGACCCUGCAGUCAAGGGCUCAGGGGGAACAGAAGCUGGAAGGAGGAUGCCUGCUCCUGCAGAGGCUGCCAUCAUGGUUCUCGAUGACAGUGCAGCACCCCCAGCCCCUUUUGAACAUCGGGUAGUGAGUGUCAAGGAUACCUCGAUCUCAGCAGGCUACACAGUGUCCCAACACGAAGUCUUGGGAGGGGGCCGGUUUGGCCAAGUGCACAGAUGUACAGAGAGGUCCACAGGCCUUGCACUGGCAGCCAAGAUCAUCAAAGUGAAGAACAUUAAAGACCGGGAGGACGUGAAGAAUGAGAUCAACAUCAUGAACCAGCUCAGUCAUGUGAACUUGAUCCAACUUUACGAUGCCUUUGAGAGCAAGAACAGCUUCACCCUGGUCAUGGAGUAUGUGGAUGGAGGGGAACUCUUUGACCGGAUCACGGAUGAGAAGUACCACCUGACGGAACUGGAUGUGGUCCUGUUCACGAAGCAGAUCUGUGAGGGUGUGCAUUACCUGCACCAGCACUACAUCCUGCACCUGGACCUCAAGCCAGAAAACAUACUGUGUGUCAACCAGACGGGACAUCAAAUUAAGAUCAUUGACUUUGGGCUGGCUAGAAGGUACAAGCCUCGGGAGAAGCUAAAGGUGAACUUUGGUACUCCAGAGUUCCUGGCCCCAGAAGUUGUUAACUAUGAAUUUGUCUCAUUCCCAACAGACAUGUGGAGUGUGGGAGUUAUCACCUACAUGCUACUCAGUGGUUUGUCCCCAUUUCUAGGGGAAACAGAUGCAGAGACCAUGAAUUUUAUUGUGAACUGUAGCUGGGAUUUCGAUGCUGAUACCUUCAAAGGACUGUCAGAGGAAGCCAAGGACUUUGUUUCCCGGUUGCUGGUCAAAGAGAAGAGCUGCAGGAUGAGCGCCACACAGUGUCUGAAACAUGAGUGGUUAAACCAUCUGCCCGCCAAAGCCUCGGGAUCCAAUGUUCGUCUCAGAUCCCAACUGUUGCUGCAGAAAUAUAUGGCCCAGAGUAAAUGGAAGAAACAUUUCCACGUGGUGACUGCAGUCAACAGGUUAAGGAAAUUUCCAACGUGUCCCUAAUCUUCAACUCUGCUGCUCCAUUGGGCCCAGGAAUUUUUGAGGCAACAUGAGGUGGUAAUAUGAAGAGAUUAUUCAAGAUUUUAUGUAGUCUGGCCUUUUGCUAUUAUUGAUUCUUCUUGGUUUGCAAAGAAUGAUGAAAGAAAGAGAGAAAAAGAAAAGAAGAAAAAAAGAAAAGGAAAAGGAAGAAAGCAAGGGAGGAAAAAAGAUUGCUGCUGCCUUUCUUGUGGAUGAAAAGUGUUUUUUUUUUUAAGCCUUAGGAACAUUUUUCUGCCUUGUAAGAUCAACAGAUCCGAUACACUGUUACCUCCCCAGUACCCUUACUUUUAGUAAUAAGGGAAGGCAUGCUCACGAUGGGCAAGGGAAGUCCUACUUGGCUUUUGUAAAAUUAGAAUUCCAAACUUGUCAUGAUUAAAGAACUCAGUAGGGAGGGAAGUAUGGAUCUGGAAAGGGUUAGGAGCAAGAGCGGGGAAUGAAUAUGAUCAGAACAUAUUGUAUAAAAUUCUCAAAGAAUUAAUAAAAUAUAUUUUAAAAGGGGAAUCAGUAGAUUUGAGCUGCUUACAACUGGUCAGAAAAGCUCCUUUCUGCAGUGGGUAGCAAUUAGUGCAAAGACUUAGAGCUGGUCAAGUGCAGAGUAAGUGACUGGGAGGCUCAGCUCUGGGUGAGUCAUCUUAUUUACCUCCCACCAUCCAAGGCUCAGGGAGAGCCCCAGAAGAGAGGGCAGAAAGAGUCUAAGAGUUGGAGAGGAGGGUGAGUGAGUGCUAGGAAAUGCUGUUUUCUAGACAUGACAUGGCCUUUACAGGCAUCCAACUCACAGCAUUCGUAGCUACAAGAUCAAGUCGGUCAAAAUUCAAGCAUGGAUGGAAGGGAACUCCUGAGGCUCACCCCUAUUGGUGGAGCUAUUGGCCAUCAGUAGCUGAUGAGGUAGGGAGAAUCAUUCUCCUUCAGCCUCUAGUAGUAGUUGUUCAUGCCCCAGUGGAUACUACAUACCCAUGUGCAUAUGGGCGGUACUAGUUAGACUUGGGAUAUUACUAAUAGCAAAAAAUAAAUGAAAAGAGGCCGUGAAGCUAGGAGGGAGAUGGGGUGGGAGGACAUUAGGGAUAAUUAGAGGCAGGCAGAUGGAUGUGAUCAAUAUGCAUUGUACUACUGUAUGGAGUGUUCAAAGAAUAAACAAUAUAAUUUUAAAAAGAACCCAGUAGAUCCUUUUGCAAAGAAAGGCAUGUCAAUGUUUCUCCCAGUGCAAAGACCUCCAGUGCCAAGAAUUCCUAGAAUUAUGACUGACUUAGGGCCAACAAUCUCAUACUGCUCCACUCUGCUCUCAGGAUAUCUGAGAAGAACCCUCAAAUGUUUUAUCAUCUCUUUUAAGAAUCAACAUUGGCUAGGUGGUGGUGGUACACACCUUUAAUCCCAGCAUUUGGAGCAGGGCGGGGCAGAGGCCAGAGGAUCUCUGGGUUCAAGGCCAGCCUGGUCUACAGAGUGAGUUCCAGGACAGAGAAACCUUGUCUCAAGAAAACAAAAGGAAAGGAAAAAAAAUCAGCCAGGUAUAGUGACUACACCUGUAAUCUCAACCUCAAAAGUCUGAGGCAGGAGGAUUUCAAGUUUGAGGCCAGCUGAGCUACAUGCUGAGACACUGAGAAAAAAUCCUUCCAAUUAAAUAGAAAACAAAAAACAAGAACCAACAUCAACCUACAUUUCUUUAGUAUUAUUUGAAAUUUUAUAGCCUAUCAGCCUUCAUGACCAAAUUUGAUUAUUUUGAAUGUACUUUUAAAACUUGAUAUGCAACCCCAGCUUCUCUUCUAAUUCUUACCCACACUGACAUCUUCUUUCUUGGUUAUGAAUUUCUAGUCUCAUAAGUCUGGACACUGGUGUACACUGUAUGGAAGAAAAAGAUGACUGUAAUGUCUAGCUUUCUGAUGGAAACUCAGAAAUGACCCAUCACAGAGCAGUGAAGGGAAAUUGCUUUCCUCUAGCCUGUGCAUAGUUUAAAGAGAUGUUUCUAGAUGCUGAUCUAUGAAGCCACUGUGGUAUGCGCUGCCUUUUGUCCACAGAGAAGACUGUUCUCAAUGUGGUGAACAACUAACACACCGCAAACUUCUCAUGUGUAUUUGAAUAUUUUGCCAACUUUUGAAGUGAUUUAAAACUAAAUCAUUCUAAUUUCCUUGUUUCUUAUUUAUUUGUAAUAUCUCUAAUACUUUGUGUGUGUCAGUGUGUAUUCACACAUGUGUGCAUGUUCCCAUGGGGCCAGAGGUCAGUGUUGAGUGUCUUCCUCAAUUGUUCUAUGCUUCCUACUUUGGCUAGAUCAGCUAGCCAGCAAGCCCCUGGGGUGCUCCUGUCUCUGAUGCUUAGUACUGGAUUACAGGCUUUGACAUGGGUGCUGGGGGUUAAGUUCAGGUCCUAAUGCUUGUAUGGCAAACAGUUUAUCCCCUGAGCCAUCUCUCCAGCCUCCAGAUCCCUUUACAUCCAGCACUUCCAGUCACUGUAGUGACUUUUAGAUUUUAGUUAGAUGUGCAUCAGUUUCACAGCUUUCUUAUACCCACCCCCAACACUCUCUCUCUCUCUCUCUCUCUCUCUCUCUCUCUCUCUCUCUCUCUCUCUCUCAAGACUUUCUUGCAGAGAGCCUGAGUACAGACAAGGACUCAUUCUGCUGCUGUAGUUCUCAAAUUGCAACAUUUCUCAGCAAUGCUAGCCCUUGUCAAGAUGCUGAGGUUUCCAGAACCAUCAUGUAAAAGUCUGCUCCAAAAUGACCACAAAUGAACAUCUGAAGCAAGGUUGUGGGCGCCAUCUUAGAGAGACAGUCAGUGAUCUGUCAGAGUGUCAGUUAUCUUCCUGGGGAAGGAUGUAAGGGCAGUCUCCAGAGCCUGGAAAGGACUAGAACUGAUCUUCUGAGCUCCAUCUAGGAGCUUGGUCCUUACCCUCCUGAGACUUAGGACCCUUGGUGGAUGCUGAGUCUUCCUGGAAACACACACAGGCUGUUGCACUGAUCUGGAGAAGCUUGUCCAAAUGCAAAACAAGCCAUGCACACAGUUUGAAUGUUCUCAUCACUCCUCUAAAAGAUCCAUUUAAAUUAACUUCAGUAAUUUAACCAAGUUGUUAGAGUCUGACAAGGUGCCAAAUAUUUGUAUUGUUUCUGUUCGUAUUAAAGCUCCAAAAUCUCGUGUAUAAUUUAGACUUAUAAACACAUGCCAAUUCAGAUGCUAUGCUUUUAUUAGAUAGACUCUGU